AAUAAAUAGGGCCAGAUGUUUUUCCCUUCUUAUUUAUCUCCCUUCUCUCAUUGGUCUUCACUCUUCAUUCCCUCUUCGUCUUUUCUCCCUUUAUUGGAUCAUAUUGUUUGUCUAUGGAUGCUGCAGCAUCUUCUUGGAUUCGGGCCUUUGAUGACUACCAUUUGUUCUUUGUUUUCUUCCUACUCUUGAUCAUUAUUAUGUUGCUGAUUUUCUUCAGUAUCCGGUUAGUGAGAGUGAGGGUUUGGUGCAACUGUGAAAUCUGUCAAACAUACAUUGAAUCUCGCUGGACUACCCAGUUUGGGAAUCUUUGUGAUUGGUACGCUCACCUGCUCAAGAAUUCCCCCACUCGGACAAUCCAUAUCCAUGUUCUCAACAACACGAUCACUGCUAACCCUGACAACGUUGAGUACAUGCUCAAAACCCGGUUCGAUAAUUUCCCCAAAGGGAAGCCCUUCUCCGCAAUUUUGGGUGACUUCUUGGGGCGGGGGAUAUUCAACGUCGAUGGAGAUUUGUGGAGAUUCCAGAGAAAAAUGGCGAGUCUUGAACUGGGUCGGACCUCAAUCCGCGCUUACUCAUUCCGAGUCGUGAAUCAAGAAAUUGAUCAACGCUUGCUACCCCUUCUCGAGUCGGUUUCCGCCGGAAACCAAGUGCUGGAUUUACAAGACGUUUUCCGAAGAUUUUCGUUUGAUAGUAUUUGCAGAUUUUCAUUCGGGUUAGACCCCAAGUGUUUGGAGCUUUCACUACCCUUAUCGAAAUUUGCUGUCUCCUUCGAUUUGGCGUCGAAGCUUUCGGCUGAGAGAGCCAUGAUUGCCUCCCCAAUCGUUUGGAAGAUCAAAAGAUUGCUGAACAUCGGCAGCGAGAAACAACUCCGGCAGGCUAUCAAGAUCGUCCACCUAUUAGCCCGGGAGGUCAUCAGGCAACGCCGAAAGUUCAGUUUCUCCGAUCAGAAUGAUCUUCUGUCAAGAUUCAUGAGUAGUAUUAGCGACGAAACUUAUCUCAGGGACAUCAUAAUCAGCUUCCUGUUGGCCGGCCGCGACUCAAUGGCCUCCGCCUUGACUAGCUUCAUCUGGCUGGUAGCGUGCCACCAGGACAUCGAGGCGGCCAUACUGAUCGAGGCGGAGAAGAUCAUCGGGCCUAAUCAGGACCUGACAAGCUAUGAACAACUGCGAGAACUUCACUAUUUACAUGCAGCAAUAUACGAGAGCAUGAGACUCUACCCACCAAUCCAAUUCGAUUCAAAGUUUUGUUUGGAGGAUGACCUUUUGCCAGAUGGGAGUUUCGUGAAGAGGGGCACUAGGGUUACUUACCACCCUUAUGCAAUGGGGAGAAUGGAAGAGAUUUGGGGAUCAGAUUGCUUGGAAUUCAAGCCUGAAAGAUGGCUGAGGAAUGGAGUUUUCUUCCCUCAUGAAAACCCUUUCAAGUACCCAGUUUUUCAAGCUGGGAUUAGGGUCUGUUUGGGGAAAGAAAUGGCACUUGUGGAACUCAAAACUGUUGCAAUCUCACUGCUGCGACAGUUUCAUGUCGAAUUAGCCCAACCGGAGUGCACGCCCCGGUUCUCACCAGGGCUAACCGCCACGUUUGCUGACGGAUUACGAGUUUUAGUUCGUCCCCGAAGUGUAAGUAGUUCAUCAAAAUAAUCACAGCACAGCUGACCAACAACAAACCAUCGAUCAUUUAUAACUAUGAUAUGCACAACAACCUAAAAUGAUCCAUAUGUUAAUUAGUAUAAAAUGUUGCUAA